AUGGCCCCGCAGCAGGGGCGGCCCUCGCUGCGGGCCCGCGGCGAGCCGCCGCCCGCGCCGCCGGUGCCGCCUCGCCGGGCGCGCGGGGGGCGCGGGGCGGCCGGGGGCCGGGGGCGCGCGGGCGGGGCCGAGGCUCGCGGCGUCAAGUGCGUGCUGGUGGGCGACGGCGCGGUGGGCAAGACCAGCCUGGUGGUCAGCUACACCACCAAUGGCUACCCGACCGAGUACAUCCCCACCGCCUUCGACAACUUCUCGGCUGUGGUGUCAGUGGAUGGGCGGCCUGUGAGACUACAGCUCUGUGACACUGCAGGACAGGAUGAGUUUGACAGGCUAAGGCCUCUCUGCUACACCAAUGCAGACAUCUUCCUGCUUUGCUUCAGUGUGGUAAGCCCUGCAUCUUUCCAGAAUGUCAGUGAGAAAUGGGUGCCUGAGAUUCGGUGCCACUGCCCCAAAGCCCCCAUCAUCCUGGUUGGGACACAGUCGGAUCUCAGAGAAGAUGUCAAAGUACUCAUUGAACUAGACAAAUGCAAAGAGAAGCCAGUGCCUGAAGAGGCAGCAAAGCUUUGUGCUGAGGAAAUCAAAGCUGCCUCCUACAUCGAGUGCUCAGCCUUGACUCAAAAAAACCUCAAGGAGGUCUUUGACGCCGCCAUUGUCGCUGGCAUCCAGCACUCGGACUCCCAGCAGCAGCCAAAGAAAUGUAAGAGCCGAACCCCAGACAAAGUGCGGGACCUGUCCAAGUCCUGGUGGAGGAAAUACUGCUGCCUGGCGUGACUCUCGGGAAGCUGCUGUCAAAAGCUGUGUGAGCUACAAUGACUCCUGUAGCAUGUGUGUGGUCAUUGGAAGAGCCUUUAACACAUGACUCCUUCAUCCUUUAGUUUCCUUGUUUGUGUAAGCUUAGGGAUGAAAUUUUUAUGCAAGAUAAGUUAAAGAAGUUUUGAAGUAAGUUAAAAUGUUGUUUUCAAUAAUUCUGGAAAUUUAUGCUGUAGACCUCUGGAUUCAUUUAUAUCUGUUGUGAAAAGGGCUCCUCAAAGCUAGAUGUCAGGAUUGAAGUUUUGCUGCAUUAGAAUGUACAGAAGGACGAGGAGGACAAUUGUGCCUAACAACCUCUCUUGUUUAAGAGUUGCUGAAUGCCUAUACAUUACGUGCACAGACCAGUUAUGGGAAAACAACUCCCCACUUGGAAACCACACAAACCAUGCCUGUUUCCCUGGGAGCAACUGUCUGAGAAAACAAUGAGAGCAAUUCCUGCAAACCUCAUACCUGUCCUUUUUGUCAUCUACUGAUAUACCUAGUAGCUUAAGAUUUUAAAACAAAAAAUAUCGCACUUCUGGCACUGUAUAGACCAAAAAACAAACUUGCUUAUUGGGUUUUUUCAUCCUUAGACCAGUGGUGUUGACACUACUUGAAAUUACUAAAAAUGCCCCGCAGGAGGCAGGCACUGGUACAGAUCCAUUUUCUUUAAGGAGCAACAAGAGCAUCUCAGAGAUCGUAGUGUAGUGUUUGCUCUCAGUGCAUGGUUUGUGUGCCAGACUGCCUCUCUCCUGGUGAGUGGAGCACAGGGAGCCUCCUGGACAGGCAUUUUAAGCUUCCACACUCACAUCAUGCCAUCUGCAGUGAGAAUCAAACCCAACCACACUUGUGAGGCACACACACCUUUUCUUCUAAGUUGGCCAAAAUACUCUUGUGUGUAAACACACACAGACAUAUGCACAUGCACACACAUAUGCACGUAUAGAUGGCUGGCGUCCUGCUGCUCAGGCUGUAGGCAGCAGGGAAAGCAGAACAUAUGGGAACAGCACAGCUUCUACCUGUUGCUUCUUUAAAGUACCCAAGGUAUGAUUUUUAACAUAUCUUCAUCCACAUGUUUUUGAGGCCAUCUUAGUGAAAUGAAUAUCUCUUGAGACCUCUUAAAGCCACCAGUUCAGUUUCCAGUGCCAUUGAGUCCCAGUUCCUCUGCAUUACUGUCCCCAUAGCAGAGACAAUGUGUCUGGGUGAGGAGGCCAGGUGAGUGGGCCAGGUAUGUGUAGAGGUAAUGGCUCAGCAGUACCUUUCUUGCCAUGGGAUAGUCAAAAGAACUACACUCAAACAAGACCAAAAAAGAACUAUACUCAUGGCACAUGUCAUUUAAGGUAGGGUUCAUGUCAUUAAGGUAGGCUGACUGUUCUGAGGACAGACCUGUGCCAACAGAGCCCCUUCGUACUCCAAUGGGCACUUUCAGGAUGAUGUAAGUGGCCAGACAUUGAAGAACGGUGUCUGUAUUGCCGUGGUUGGGACAGUUACCAGCCAGUGGGUAAUAGUCUUCCCACUCUGUGGAUUCCAUAUUAUCUUUUUCAUAUUUAAAGAUAAAGCUUUUGUUUUUCUAUAGAAAAAAGUAAAAUACCAAGCUAUACUUCAGGUUAGGAGCUGCUUUUCAUGCUAUUUUGUAAAAAGGGCUAACGAUUUCUUUAACAAAGGUUAAUCAUCAAGCCACUAAAGUCCAUGUACUAUUUGCUGUUGAUUUCUUAGCACAUUGAAACUAAUAUCAGUCUUAGUUUCCUGAGGUGUUUAGUUACAACCUGAGCAAAUAGCAUUACUUCAUUUAGGGAAAUGAUUUUAAUGGGUCAUGUUACUACAGUCAUCUCUGGGAAGGCAGCCUCCCAGUUGGAGUUCUGCCUGCCCUGUGUGCAGAGGCAUGGAGAGGACCGAAUUAUCUCCCUGGUAAACAAUUUGUAUUAAAACAGAUCUGGUGGAGUACAAGAUGUGUACUAAAUGUAUUAAAACAGAUCUGGUGGAGUAUGAGACAUUUAGUUUUUAAGACAGAACAAACACUUGUUAAGAAGUUGAGCUGCACUCCCUGCCUCUGCAACUCUGUGGUGUGAAGGAUGCUACAUGGCCUGACUCUGAAAGCUCCAAUCCUGGGUUCAAUAUACCUGAACCAUUUGUGCCACAAAUUGAGUGGUGGCAGUUUGUAACAUGCAUUUUAUAAGUUAUAGUGUAUAGGGAUUUGGACUGGCAAAUCAUUCAAAGUAUGUGGUUGAAUUUAAUAUAAAGGUGCUUUGCUUCCGAGCUGAAAAGUGGCUGAAUAUGCAGCUUGGUGUCUUGUCUAAGAGAGGGUCCUAGAAGACAUGUGUAGAUAAUGCCUCGAGCCUAAUCCUCACAGUCUAAACCAACAUCAUAACAACACACUGUGCUGGGCUUCAGAACUGUCAUCUCUUUUCACCACUUGUACACAAGUGGGCCUUUUAGAACCUUGUUCUUUGCUUGACAAAUUUUCAAGCAGCUACCCAGGAAUCUCACAAGCCAAAAGAAGGACCCGGGCCUCCUCUGUAGACUGUUGUAACCUGGUGCCUUACCAAGUUGUGCUUUUCUGUUUCAUGUGUCAGUGACAUCAAGCAAAAUCUUGUACUUGAAAAUGCUAUGAAUGAGAUAGUAUGAAAUAAAUUCUGACCUGUGGACACA